AUGGGGAGAAAACUGGAUCUUUCUGGCUUGACUGAUGAAGAAGCAGAGCAUGUGCUCCAAGUGGUUCAGCGAGAUUUCAGCCUUCGUAAGAAAGAAGAAGAAAGGCUGAGUGAAAUGAAGCAGAAAUUGGAUGAAGAGGGCAACAAGUGCAGCAUCCUUUCCAAGCAGCAGAAGUUCAACGAGCACUGCUGUAUUCGCUGCUGUUCCCCUUUCACAUUUCUUAUCAACAGCAAGCGACAGUGCCAAGACUGCAAGUACAACAUCUGCAAGAGCUGCAGUUCUUACCAGAAGAAGGAGAAGGCUUGGAUUUGCAGUGUCUGCCAGCAAGCAAGGCUUCUAAGGACCCAGUCCCUGGAUUGGUACUACAAUAAUGUCAAAAGCCGCUUUAAGUGUUUUGGAAGUGCCAAAGUCCUGAAGAACUUAUACAAGAAGCAUAGACUGGAGAGUGGAGUUUGUCCUGAUGUAACAGAAGGAGGUUUUUUUGAAGGAAGCUUUGAAAAUGAAGGAAGUAUUUGUGGCAGUGACUCUACAUUUUACCGACAGACAGAAGGACACAGCAUGAUGGAUACCCUUGCUGUGGCCUUACGUGUUGCAGAGGAAGCAGUGGAAGAAGCUAUUUCUAAGGCAGAGACCUACAGUGACAGCCUGGACAAGCAGAAUGAGGCUUGUUACUUGCAGGAACACAAGGAGGACCUCAUAGAAGAGCUGGCCACAACCAUCGUGCAGAAGAUUAUAAAGAAGCAGAAAAGCAAAACUGAGCAGACCGAGGCUGACUUUGAAUGGCCACCAUCCAGGAGCAGCGGCCUGGCGUCUGUUGCCGUCUCAGAUCAGAGUAUGCUGACUUUUCCAGGGAGCCGCAGAGGGUCUUACACGUUAUGGAGGUCUCAGUCUGCAUUCUCCCUGGCUAGUGAAGAUAUGCCCAGUAAAGGGCUGGAUCCUGCAUCAUCUGUGACCGAGGCUCUUUGGAGGCAGCAAAAAGGACAAUUCAGGAAACAGAAGGAACGCAAGCUCUCUGCAUUACCCAGCUGGAAAAGUGUGGACAGGCUAAAUGAAACAAAUCCACCUUCUGUUUUUCAAAGCACUGAUGGAAACUGGGUAGCUUUGCAGAAUGUCACUUUGCCUCGUCCUCGAAUGCUCGCCAAACCAAAGAGUCAAGUAUUUGAAGCUUUGGAGAACGAAUCCAGCAUUGUGUCUGCCUAUGACGAGAUGGGCUCAGACAGCGAGGAUGACUAUGACUGGAAUGUGGCCUUGAACAAGCUGCGUCGGAGACCUCGGCAAUUACCAGGCGAUUUCUAUUAUACCAAUUCCCAGUAUGGUACCGAAUGGGUUUAUGGCAAUGAUCAGUACCAGGCAGUGACCUCCCCUUCUUCUGGGUUAUACACCAAUACUGAGACACUGUUCUCCGAUUCUGAAACAUCUUCAGUAAACUCUUCCCAGGAAGCUAAAGGACCGAGCAAACUUCUCUGGUUGCAAAGCAGAACUCAAAGUGAUAUGCCCAGAAUGGAAAAAAAACAUUUCCACGGAGAACUGGAUGUAAACUUCAAUCCACAGGCAACCAGUUUGGAGUAUUCAGACAGCAGUGAGACUGAAGAAGUCCAUUACGAUUUAGAAAAGAGAUCAAGAAGGUGGAGGAAGAGCAAAGCGAUUUCUGAAGAAUUAUGCGAAGGAAAAGAUCGCACAAAGACCAACAAGAUGAAUUUAAGUCAGGAUUUUGAUGAUUUGUCAGAAACAGAUAUAAGCAGUGAGGAUCAGCAUCAUAACAUCAAGCCUGACCUUAUGGAAGAGGAGCUUAAAUCCAGGCUAUUUCAGCUCGCUGCUAAAAUGAGUGACAAGGAAACAUCAUCUGGUGAAGAACAUGAAUCAGAACCUAGAACAGACCCUGAAAACCAAAAGGAGAGUUUGUCCUCAGAGGAAAAUGGCAGAAGUAUUCAGGAAGAGUUAAAGAAGUUUGUGGUUAAGAUUUGCCCUCAAGAAUCGCAGGCCCCUGAGACCUAUGGGGAAGUCUGGAGCACUGAAGACUUACCCUUGGCAGACGAGGAUCAGGAAAAACAAAACGCUUUUGAUCUUCAUUUAAAGUUGCAGUUUUUAUCCACUGUAUUGCAGCAGAAGUACUCUGCUGUCUCUCUCUGCAACAUAUCUACAGAGGUCCUGAAAGUCAUCAAUGCCACUGAAGAACUGAUAGCAGAAUCCACUGGUCCCUGCGAUUUCCCAGCCGAUGUUCAGGACGGAGGAAGAGGGACGUUCCCACUGGGGACGGACCCCGUCAGACUCGACGAGCAGCUCACCACGCUAGAAGAAAACGUGUACUUGACGGCCAGCACAGUGUACGGGCUGGAGGGGCAGCUGACCAACCUGGAAGACGCCGCACGCAAGAUCAACAGUGUUACUGCAGAAUCUGAGCUGGCCGAUCUGGAGGAUCAGGUGGCCACAGCAGCCGCCCAGGUUCACCACGCGGAGCUUCAGAUUUCAGAUAUUGAGAGCAGAAUAUCAGCUCUCACUGUUGCAGGCUUGAACGUGGCUCCAUGUGUUCGCCUGACAAGGAAACGGGAUCAAAAGCAAACAAACCAGAUGCAUACAAUAGACACAUCAAGGCAGCAGAGGAGAAAACUUCCAGCUCCACCAAUACAAGGUGAAAAAAUAGAUGGUUCUCCAGUUACCACUGUCAGAACAUUUAACAGAAACUUCAUGCUUCAAGGAUCUCUAACACAAAGAGCUAAAGAGAGGAAAAGUACUGCCAAGGACUUAAUGGAACCUGCUAUAGGAUCUGCUGUGAUGUACUAA